AUGUCGAAACGUGAACGUCCGAAUGAUUUCUUUGCUGAAGAUGAUGACGAUUUUGAUUUUUUGAUCGAAUCAAGCAUAGCAAAUGAUACUGGAAAAGAAAUUAACAUGGUUGGAUUGGAUGAUUAUCUGAAGAAUCACAAAGAGUCUACUAUUUCAACAGCUCAGCCAAAAAAGACGACGUAUGAUUCCAAGGCUUUCGAUGAUCUUAUUUUUGGUGACAACGAGGACUUUUUGGAUACUUCAAAAAUUACAACUAGUGCAUUCAACGACGCCGAUCCAGUUCUCGAUGAGGAUCGCUUGUUCAACGACUUUGAUCAGUUUAAUUAUCCUGCGUCCCCGCCUUUAUUGCAUGAAAGCAAUGGUUACAAUAGGGAAGCUCAAUCAACCAAUGGUCCAUCCGUUGUUGACGCUUUGGAUUAUAUGAACAUAUCAGAUCAUGAAGAGGAGACAGAUGAAGUGAAAUCGCAUCAACCAAGAUAUAAAGGCAGAGAUUAUACAGUAGCACCCGAAAAGGGUGCCUUCACAACUGCUAUUUGCCCAACAACCGGGAAAACACUAUUUUUCGCAAAAAAAACGGAAACUGAACUCAAACGGAAAAUGAACGACUUGGUAAAGAGCGUCAUUAGCAACAAUAGCAACAACACAAAGACUUUUAGUGGUAGGCAUCUUACAAAAGCAAAAAAUGGCCUACUAUCAGAACCGCUAUGGAAGCUGAGAGAGAAGAUAGAGAGCGCUAAUAAGGAAGAAUUGAAGCGAAUUGAAGAAGAGAUCAAGAGAGAUAAAAGGUCUAAGAAGAAGAAGAGACUGGUCGAAUUUGAAACAAAUCAAUUAUGGGUGGAUAAAUACCGACCUGCGUCCUAUUCAGAUUUAUUGGGUGAUCAGCGAGUCAAUCGAGAUGUUCUAAAAUGGCUCAAGCAGUGGGAUUAUUGUGUCUUCAAACGAAAACCACGACAAGAAACAGAGCGAGAUAAACAAUUACGACAAUAUAAGAAUACAUUUGGCACUGAUUUGAAAUCAAACGCGUUCAAAAAAGUAACAAAAGAAAAUACAGACCCAUUACUACGGCCAGAGAAGAAGAUCUUACUCUUGUCUGGUCCACCAGGAUUUGGUAAAACAACCUUAAGUCAUGUACUUGCACAACAAGCCGGUUAUAAUGUCAUCGAAGUGAAUGCAAGUGACGACAGAACAGGCGAAGUAGUGAAGAGCAAGAUCAGAUCAGCACUAGAAAUGCAAGCCAUUAUUCGAGAGGAGAGUUCCAAAGUAGAUGGUGAAAAAAUCAUGAAAAUGACACAAAAACCUAAUUUAUUAAUCAUUGAUGAAAUUGAUGGUGCUAGCAGCGGUGGUGGAGCCGAGAGUUUCAUUAAACAGUUAGUAGCUUUGGCAACAGCCGAUUUUGAUAAAGACAAAAAGCCGCAGAAAAAAGGAGGCAGAAAGAAAGAGCUAAAGCCUUUACUUAGGCCGAUUAUCUGUAUCUGUAACGAUCCUUACACUCCCGUGCUACGGCCCCUACGUAUGGUAGCACAGUUCGUUCAAUUCAAAAAAGUGCCCAUGGUGUCGUUAGCGAAACGUUUACAAGAUAUCUGUUAUAACGAAGGCUUAGAGAGCGAUCUACGGACACUAAGUUUAUUAUCAGAAAUUACGAAUGGAGAUAUCCGAAGCUGUUUAAACACAUUACAGUUUAUUCGAGGCAAAAGCACCAUAUUUACCAAGGAUAUGCUAGACAAAGCGGGUCUAGGUAAAAAAGAUAUGGGAAUAACAUUAUUUGCUGUGUGGGAGGAUCUGUUCAACGCACCCAACGCGCGUAAGAAGAAUGCAGCGAACAAAAAUGAUUUUGCUACUAACAAAUUUCUGGAUCGAUUGCUCAAUCUUAUAAUGUUAAACGGUGAAUACGACCGUCUCAUGCAAGGCUGUUUCGAAUCUUAUCCCCUCAUGCGGUACCACGAUAUUGCCUUCAAAAAAGUAUGUCAACUAACUGAAUGGCUUCACUUUUACGAUCAAAUCAACAACCGUACUAGCGGACAAUUUGAAUUCGACCUUUAUAAAUACCUUCCUUUUCCUAUUGUCAACUUUCAUCGCUUUUUUGCUGGAACAACUAUGCAAGAACAUCGUGUCGAGUACCCUCGUUUUGAGUAUGAAACAUUCGCCGCAAAAAAGUCUUAUGAAAACCUCAUCGAAAUUUUCAUGGCUGGUAUCCAACCUCAUAAACGGCGCUAUAUAAGCAAAGACAUGAUCGUGAAUGAACUCGUGCCGCGCUUAUUGCACAUCAUCUCACCCGAUUUGAAGCCUGUAAAUCAGCAACUGAUCAAACCUGCAGAAAAAGCAAAAUUGACAAAACUAGUUGAUAAAAUGAUUGAAUUUGGUCUGAAUUUUCGACAGGAGAAAACUGAAGAAGGACAAUUCGUGUAUAAAUUAGAGCCUCCGGUUGAACAAUUGCUACAAUUUGAAUUAUCCUCUCCAAAAGCUAUUUUGCCAAGGCAAUACGCUGUAAGGCAGAUGAUAUCCAACGAGAUUGAAACGGAGAUUCUACGUAGACGAGAGGAAGCUGCUAACGAGCGAAACAAGGGAAAAGAAAGGAAGAACCCCGCCCAGGAACAGAUUUCGUUCACUGAGCAGUUAAAGAACAAAAUCAAUAAAGAGAAGCAAGUUCCGUUAGAUUUUUUUGGCCGUCCGAUUGUUCCGAAACAGAGUAGCAGUAGUAAUCAACAAAAGGCAUCAACCCAUCAGUUAAAAAUGCAAGUUGACGAAAAAAACACACCAGUUGCAUACAAGUUUCAUGAAGGCUUUUCGAAUGCAGUCAGAAAACCCAUGACCGUAAGGAUGUUCUUAUAA